GAGAGAGAGAGAGAGAGAAGCGUUUAAAUUAGCCACGGCUGGCUUCUUCCGCCCAUCCUCAACCGUCGCCACCUUCGUUUCCUCCGCACCACUCGAAUAAGUUGGGCAAUGGAAAAAACUCUGGCCAGCUGUUAUCGUAAGAAGAGCCCUCGUUGGCCACCACCUCCAUAGCAUCCUACGUCUCUAUUUCCUGACCCCAGCAAGCUCACCUCCCUCCUCUUGCCUUCAUCUCUCGCCAAGCUUCCGACUCCUCCUCCUCCUCCUCUCCUAGCCGCAAGGGAGAACCUUUGGGGCUGCCGGCGUCGUCGGCGGCGGCGCCUGGAUGGACCCGUCGGAGCUGAAGCGGGUGUUCCAGAUGUUCGACCGCAACGGCGACGGCAGCAUCACCAAGACGGAGCUGCAGGACUCGCUCAAGAACCUGGGGAUCCACAUCCCCGAGGAGGAGCUGGCGUCCAUGAUCGAGAAGAUCGACGUGAACGGGGACGGGUGCGUGGACAUGGAGGAGUUCGGCACGCUCUACCAGGCCAUCAUGGACGAGCGGGACGAGGAUGAGGACAUGCUGGAGGCCUUCAACGUGUUCGACCAGAACGGUGACGGCUUCAUCACCGUGGAGGAGCUUCGGACGGUGCUCGGCUCACUCGGCCUCAAGCAAGGCCGCACCGUGGAGGACUGCCGGCGGAUGAUAAGCAAGGUUGACGUCGACGGCGACGGCAAGGUCAACUUCAAGGAGUUCAAGCAGAUGAUGAAGGGCGGAGGGUUUGCGGCCUUGACCUAGCUAGCCAUGCAUCGCUGCAGUGGAGGAGACAACAUGGUUGUAGAUACCGCUGAGGGAGGAAUCCAUCAUAAGACGAUAACACAACCUACAUAAUUAAAGCAUGGUUUGCUUGAUCCACAGAUUAUGUCACUUCAUUGAGCUUUUCUUUUGAUCAGUUCAUUAAUGUUAAUCCUUUUGUUUAGCUA